GCCAUUCUAACUACCGGUGGUUUGCUGAUCGCUUCUAGUUUGAGAUUCCUACCGACUGAGCUGUCAUGGCUGAUAAAGAAGCAGCGUUCGAUGAUGCGGUUGAGGAAAGAGUAAUAAACGAAGAGUACAAGAUAUGGAAGAAGAACACCCCUUUCCUCUACGACCUGGUGAUGACCCACGCGCUGGAGUGGCCAAGCCUCACUGCACAGUGGCUGCCAGAUGUUACCAGACCCGAGGGGAAGGAUUUCAGUGUGCAUCGUUUAGUCCUGGGAACACACACUUCAGAUGAGCAGAACCAUCUCGUAAUCGCCAGUGUCCAGCUUCCUAACGACGAUGCUCAGUUUGAUGCGUCGCACUAUGACAGCGAGAAAGGAGAGUUUGGAGGUUUUGGCUCAGUGAGUGGCAAAAUUGAGAUUGAGAUUAAGAUUAACCACGAAGGAGAGGUGAACAGAGCACGCUACAUGCCUCAGAAUCCCUGCAUCAUCGCCACCAAGACCCCCACCAGCGACGUGCUCGUCUUCGACUACACCAAACACCCCUCCAAACCUGACCCCUCUGGAGAGUGCACUCCUGACCUGCGUUUGAGGGGCCAUCAGAAGGAAGGAUAUGGUCUGUCCUGGAACCCCAAUCUAAGCGGCUGCCUACUCAGUGCCUCCGACGACCACACCAUUUGUCUCUGGGAUAUCAGUACCGUGCCGAAGGAGGGGAAGGUAGUGGAUGCUAAGACCAUCUUCACUGGUCACACAGCCGUGGUUGAGGACGUUUCCUGGCAUUUGCUGCACGAGUCGCUCUUCGGAUCGGUCGCAGACGACCAGAAGCUUAUGAUCUGGGACACCCGCUCUAACAACACAUCCAAGCCCAGUCAUGCAGUGGAUGCCCAUACUGCAGAGGUCAACUGCCUGUCCUUUAACCCCUACAGCGAGUUCAUCUUGGCCACGGGAUCGGCCGACAAGACAGUUGCACUGUGGGACCUGAGGAACCUCAAGUUGAAGCUGCACUCCUUUGAGUCGCAUAAAGACGAGAUUUUCCAGGUUCAGUGGUCACCUCAUAACGAGACAAUCCUGGCCUCCAGCGGUACAGACAGACGACUCAAUGUUUGGGACCUCAGUAAAAUAGGAGAGGAACAGUCACCAGAAGAUGCAGAGGACGGACCUCCUGAGCUGCUGUUCAUCCACGGUGGUCACACAGCCAAGAUCUCAGACUUCUCCUGGAACCCUAAUGAGCCAUGGGUCAUCUGCUCUGUGUCAGAGGAUAACAUCAUGCAGGUUUGGCAGAUGGCGGAGAACAUCUAUAACGACGAGGACCCAGAGGGAGCUGCAGACACAGAGGUUCAAGGCUGAGGAACAAUCCGGAACUCUGGACCCCUACCACACCCCACCCUUUCUUCAUGACCGUGUUUUCCACCCGUGUCUCACGACUCAGAGCUACAUGGAACAAUAUUACCAUCAAUCACUCACACUCCAGUUGAAGAACUUAAGCAAGCAA